AUGAUUCACACCUCACCUAUACCGGACCUGGACAUCCCAAAGUGCAAUGUCCUGAGCUAUCUCUUCCCAAAAGACCGCCCCGUAUCGAAUGACCCUGUUUGGCACGAUGCCGCCGACGCGAAUAUCAACGUCUCGCCCAAGCAGAUGCUUACGUGGAUCAAGCGGGUUAUCAUUGGCUUGGACAAACUCGGCCUUCAGAAAGGCGAUGUUUGUAUGAUACACACUCCCAAUCAUGUUCUCGUUCCCGCUGCAUACCUCGGUAUCGUAGGCGGCGCAAGAUGCUUUAGCGCGGCGAACCCGAUAUACACGGUCGAUGAGAUCGUCCACCAGAUGAAGCUUACAGACGUGAAAUGUCUUCUCACACAUCCUAGCUUGGUUGAGAGGGAUUUGGAGGCGGCUAAGAAGGUGGGACUGUCGAAAGAUCGAAUAUUCCAGUUUUCAGACGACCCGAAGCCUCAUAAAGAGAUUUCUGGAGUCAAGGAUUGGCGAUACAUGAUUGGCAGCGAGAAAGAGGCAGAAAACUACAACUGGAUAGAGCUGUCUCCACAAGAGGCCGAAAAGACAAUCGCUACGAUAAACUUUUCAAGUGGGACAACGGGGAUGCCGAAGGGCGUUAUGAUUGCACACUCUGCUCUGAUUGCCAACGUCGAACAGACCGCUGCUGUUCGAUGGCCCGAAAAGAACUUCAACCAAGGCGAUAAAGUGAAUGAGCGAUGGAUUGGAUUCUUGCCUCUGUACCACGCGUAUGGUCAGCUCUACGCCAAUCUUCUGGCCGUAAGAUUUGGUGUUCCCAUCUUCAUUAUGCGACAAUUCGUCUACACGGAUUUCCUCCACUGCAUUYAGGAACAUAGGGUCUCCGAUUUGCAGCUCGCGCCCCCAGUAUUGGUCAUGAUGGCAAAGCGUCCCGAGACGAAGAACUACGACUUAAGCAGCUUGAACAACAUUCUCAGCGGCGGUGCUCCUCUCGGGAAGGACCUUGCGAAUGAGAUCUCGCGGAGGUUUAAUGUUACUGUAAAGCAGGGAUGGGGCAUGACCGAGGUGACCUGCGGCUCUGUUAUGCAGCGGGAGCCCCGCGAUGAUGGAACCAUUGGAGAACUGCUCCCGAACAAUGAGAUGAAAGUCAUCGACGAUGAUGGCAACGAGGUGGGAUUUGACACUCCCGGUGAGAUGUGCAUCAAAGCUCCGAAUGUCAUGUUGGGGUACUGGAAAAACGAAGCCGCAACGCGAGAGACUCUCAGCAGUGAUAGAUGGCUGAGGACAGGGGAUGUAGUGAUUAUCAACAAAGAAGGCCUGAUCUGGAUCGUGGACCGCAAGAAGGAGCUCCUGAAAAUAAAUGCGCUCCAAGUCGCGCCCGCGGAGCUAGAAGAUCAGCUUCUCAAAAACGAGGUCAUCAGCGACGCAGCGGUAGUCGGGAUCACACUCAACGACGAGGAAUGGCCUCGAGCCUACGUCGUUUUGAGCGACGAAGCAAAGAAGAGCGGAGUCACACCUAAGCAAAUACAAGACUGGCUCAAACCACGRGUUGCAAAACACAAAGCACUUGUCGGCGGUGUGAAGUUUGUGGAUGAAAUUCCGAAAUUAGCGAGCGGCAAGAUUCAGCGCAAAGUUCUUAAGGAGUGGAGCAAAGAGGAUGCUAAAGAGCUGUCGAAGACUUUUGAUCGGGCUAAGCUAUAG